AAAAGUAUAGUGUUCUGUGGCUGUCAAAAACCGGCGUCGAUUUCGCCAUUUUCUAAAAAUUCGUAGCAUUUUUUGGGAAAUAAUCCGUAUUCAUCGCAUUUAAAUAGUUCAAAAACUAGGCUAUUUCAAAAGUUUUGUGUUGUACUACAUCCAAUAUGUCUAUAGGUGUGCCUAUUAAAGUACUUCACGAAGCGGAAGGCCAUGUAGUGACUUGUGAAACAAAUACCGGAGAAGUUUACCGAGGUAAACUAAUUGAAGCUGAAGAUAACAUGAAUUGCCAGAUGACGCAGGUGACGGUAACCUACAGAGACGGACGUGUCGCUCAGCUGGAGAACGUGUACAUCAGAGGCUCGAAAAUUAGGUUCCUUAUACUACCAGAUAUGUUGAAGAACGCGCCUAUGUUCAAAAGACAAGGCAAUAAGCCGACUGCGGGGCGCGGGAAAAGCGCCAUAUUACGAGCUCAAGCGGCGGGACGCGGUCGAGCCGGCGGGCGCGGCGGGGGGCACCGCGGCGGCUGGCAGGGUGGCUCCGGGCCUUCGCGACGCUAACUCGCCUCUAGCUUAAGCUAUUCACUAUUUUAAGCAUUGAUCUUGUGUGGCCAGGUAGAUGAAACCUUUUGCAUGGUCACCGGUGAGUAUGUACAACAUCAGGUACUGUGUCCAUAAUAGUAUCUGCGCUAAUUGUUAGAUGUGUUAUUAAACAGUGUAGAGAAUUGGAAGAUGAACUCUGUUUACCUACUCACGAGUGACUGCGGGCAUCAUCUGCUUGCGUCGAAAAUUAACUUUAAUUGUAAGUGUUUGUCUCGAAGCCGGCGUGGCUAAGUAUGGAUUGUGAUACUUUAUGUACAGUGGAAUGAGACUAAAUAAAGUGAAAGUUGCAGAUUAGGAGUUUCAGUAAAAAUCAUUCUUCU